GUAGUUUACCAAACUGAAAGUACACAGAGAUCGCCUCUUGUUUUCUCCUCCUCUUUCUCUCUCUAGAAAUCUCUCUCUCUCGUCCCUUCGCCUCUUAACGCCUUUUAGACUAAUAUCUGUCUCUUAUGGCAUUUCGUUUCAUAUCAUUUCCUUCAGGUUAAGCUCGAUUGUUCCUGAAUUAGACAUAAUACCAUUAAUGUCAACACAAUAGGGGUGAAGGGUAGGCUUAUCGUCUGCUAUAAUAGAGGCCAAAAACUGUUGCGCCUGCUGUUUUUAUUUUGUUUUCUAAUCUUUAUCAAAGAGAUAAGAGGUGGGCAACCUGAAAUUUCUACCGACAAUAUGGGCUAUCUCAAUUCAGUCCUAUCACCUUCAAAACAAGUAUAUGCUGAUGAUGCGCCUGUAAGCGGUGGUGGUCUCAGUCAAAACGGAAAAUUCAGCUAUGGAUAUGCAAGCUCUCCCGGAAAAAGAUCUUCCAUGGAAGAUUUUUAUGAGACAAGAAUUGAUGGUGUCGACGGAGAGAUAGUUGGCCUGUUUGGAGUUUUUGAUGGUCAUGGAGGUGCACGUGCUGCUGAAUAUGUGAAACAUAACCUUUUCAGUAAUUUGAUCAGUCAUCCAAAGUUCAUUUCUGAUACAAAAUCAGCUAUAGCUGAUGCAUACAAUCACACAGACUCCGAAUUUCUGAAAUCAGAAAAUAAUCAGAACAGAGAUGCUGGAUCAACUGCUUCCACAGCCAUUCUCGUUGGUGAUCGUUUGCUCGUUGCCAAUGUUGGAGACUCUAGAGCUGUCAUUUGCCGAGGCGGUACUGCUAUUGCUGUUUCUCGAGAUCACAAGCCAGAUCAAACGGAUGAGCGGCAACGAAUUGAAGAUGCUGGAGGGUUUGUGAUGUGGGCAGGGACUUGGAGAGUUGGUGGGGUUCUUGCUGUCUCCCGAGCAUUUGGUGAUAGGCUCUUGAAGCAAUAUGUUGUUGCUGAUCCAGAAAUUCAGGAGGAAAAGAUUGACAGCUCGCUUGAGUUCCUUAUCCUUGCAAGUGAUGGAUUGUGGGAUGUUGUCACCAAUGAGGAAGCUGUUGAAAUGACCAAGCCAAUCGAGGAUCCAGAGCAGGCGGCAAAGAGGUUAUUGGAGGAGGCAUACCAGAGAGGCAGUGCAGACAACAUUACCUGUGUUGUUGUUCGCUUCUUGGCCAAUCAAGGUGCUACAUCUCAUGGUACAGGUGGCGUUACAUCUGUGUGAGACUGAGUGAAGCACUGUUGCUGUAACAAGGGUUUAGUUAGUUUUGCAGCUAAUGGGAGAAUUUGGGUUUAGAACUGUGAGGUGUAUAGCUAGUCAGGGAAACACAACAGUGGCAUUCAUUUGGUGCUAGGAUAGAAAAGGAACUCAUAAAUGAGGUUGACAUUAUUCCUUAUCAGCCUCUAGAUUAGAAGCGUAUCUGAGAAUAGUUUAUUAUAUAUUUGGGUCUUGAAGUAGCUAGAAAUGUGCACUUUGUUAAUCUGUAAACUGUAAAGAGUCUGAUAACUCAUCUGUGUGUUGUAUUUUGUAAAUGUGAUUUAAACAAAAAUUUUCUUCA